AUGAUCCUGCCAAUUCUCUUUGGCAAUCCUUCGAAAAUCGCGAUCACUAUCUCGCCUCUGAAGCUCUUGCAAGCUAGUCAUGUUUCAUUGUUUCAAAGUUUCGGCAUCCCCACCAUUCGAAUAAACCAAGAUACCCCGGAUGACAAGAACCUCUGGAAGACCCUCCCUCAAGCUCAUCGAGACACGCUCACACGCGUCGAGCUUGGUGUCUCUGUACCACUUUCACACGCAGUUCCCGAGUUGACCCAAUUUCCCAAUCUCGUCAUGCUCUCCUGCGAAGUGAACCUGCUGACGCCCACCGCUCAUGGCGACCCAUACAUACUCUCCCGCCUUGAAGAUCUGCGCCUCACGCUAUCCACCUCUGACGCAGUAGCCAUCAGCGACAGCUGUCGAUCGAUAACGUCCGCCCUCGAGCUUCCAGCCUUGUGCAAGCUCUCGCUCACCGCCGUCCAUGUGACGGCUCACGAUUUGCACCCCUGUUACGCGCUCUUCCUCGAGAAACACGGAAGACAGCUGCAAUAUCUCGCAAUAUACGGGAUCCUUUUCCUCGUCCCGGUUGUAGAGGAGCUCAUUCAGCACCGCCCGAGUGUCGAACACCUCGUCGUUCCCCGCGUGCGCGCCCUGCGAACGCUCACGCACCCGAACGUGGUGUGGCUCGACGCGUGGAAUUUCGUGACCGCAUGGCGUCGGAAGGAGCCGAAGCCUCCUCUGGAUGCAUUCAAGAACAUGCCACGCCUGCGGGGCAUGCGCGUCCUUGACCGCAUCCUUUUCCAUAUCGCAGGUCCGGCUGUGCCUCUUAUCGUUCCGCCAUAUCUCAGUACAGAAGCUAUAUAG